AACUGAAGAAGAAGAAGUAGGAUCGUCGCUACGUUACGUUGUGCAAGGACACACUGAGGGGGAGUGAGAUUCGUUAAACUUACCUGGAUUGGACUUGCCAGCUUUUAGCGGUCUCACCCUUCCCGCUGCUGCUGCUGUAUUCCUGUGGUUAAGAACAAGCCGUUGAGACGAAUGUGAGCAGCUUUCCGUUGGUGGAAGGGAACCGAGCAGGAGGUUUUUGAGAUCCAGAACACCUUGCAGCAGUUUGGAACUCCUGCUCUCUGCUUUCUAGUGGACUUUGAGUGAUGUUCAGCUGGUGACUGGGGUAGCGCUGAUCCCCACCUGAAUGGCUGUGAGCAGAGGAGGCGUGGCCUUCUGGAUGGGUUGUGUCUGCAACCAGAGCAGAACAAAACCAAUUCAAAAGUGGUGCCAAACUCUCAGUCAGGUGUUUCAGAGGCAAUGGAUCUAUCAGACAUGUCCACUGAGCAGUGCUGCUUGGGCCCUGGCGCCUCCGAACAGCCUGAGAUAUCAGAAGAUGAGGCAACCAUUGCUGUCCCAUCCACUCCAUCAUGCUAGCCAGCAGAGAGAAAAUUGCUAUGAAGAGGACUGGGAGGAGUCUCGCAGCCUGUGUGUACUAGUUUCACAGGAGAAGUUGAACAAUAUGCACACACUGCUGAAGCUUCCUGUCUUCACUAACAUUCAGCCAGAAGAUUUGAUUUCUUUGGGGAAUCACAGCAGUGACACUGAUUUUCCCUUCGAACUGACAACUGUGGAUGGCAGCAGAGAGGAUGACAUCAGCAUUGAGAGCCUCCAGAUGAAAAAAGCAGAUGUUGCAAAGAGAGAACAUGGCUGCUUCAGAAGUCUGUUUGAAACAGAGGAUUGUCUUGUGCCAUUCAUGUAUGGCUCACAGUUUUAUUGUUUCCAUUGUCCAAGCACGCACCAUGGAAUAGGCAAAAUACUCAAAUCCUCCCAAAAUAAUGGACUCAACAGGACGACUGCUGAACUGCUCCUGCUGCUGCCUACCUCUCUGUGCAGCCACCUGGGCAGAGCAGAAGGGCAAGUGAAUGAAGGAGAUGGUGAAGAAGAGGAGAAACUGAGCAUGAUGUAUGAAAGACUCAGGCUAGAGCUUCCAAGUUUCUUUAUGACAAACCAUGACUACACCAUGUACUCAAAUGAUGUGGAAUUCAUCAAUGGACUGAUAAACAUCAAGACCAGAGGUCUUGUCGUGUACCGGUUCACACUCUCCCUGUGGCGCCUUCUGUCCCUGUGUUACUACACUGAGGCUCGGCUGGAUGUGCUGAAGCUCACCAAGCAUAUGGAGGACAGGACCAUUAAGGCUCGCUGGAGGAUCAAGGGCCUUCCCUUUCACUCUCUUCUGCUGCGCUUCUACCGGAAAGACAAAUCCCACCUGUACAGGUCAUAUGAUGCAUUUUCAACAUUUUACAUUGGACAUGAUGGACUCAUUCAUUGUCACAAAGUUGAAAAGGUGAUGCCGGCUCAGCCUCCUGUCCUUCCAAGAACAACUUCCCUCCUAACAGGAGCUCUAGUAGCACUAGGAGUGCAAGAACACAGACCUGCUCUCAAUCUUCUCCCACCCCUCCUGUCCUCAUUGCGACAGAGCAAAAAUUGACAGUAGAAAAACAAGACAGUGACAAUAAUUGUUUCUACAUUUAAUGUGAACCUGAACAUGUUCAUUCACCUUUACCUCUAUAAUGCAGCUUAAAAUAAACGUGUUAACUGAU